GUGCCGAAACGUAUUCUGUUCAAUCACAUUUUAAUUUGGAUACUAUCCCAAGAUGGAGCGCUGGAGUGGAAAGGUGGCAAUUGUUACUGGGGCUAGUGCUGGUGUUGGGAGGGCAGUGGCAGAAAGGUUGGCAAAGGAAGGAGUGAUAGUUGCUGGAUUGGCACGUCGUAAGGAAAAAAUGAACGAAUUGGCGGCAACGCUCAAGGGUUGUAAAGGGGCCUUUCAUCCAAUUCAGGCGGAUAUCACUAAAGAGGAGGACAUCAUAAAGGCAUUUCAGUAUAUCAUAGAAAAUCUAGGACCGAUACACAUCCUAAUUAAUAAUGCGGGGAUUUCCCGGAUUUCUCCACUUUCCAUUGGAAAGACUGAAGACUGGAACUUAAUUAUGGAUACCAAUGUUAUGGGGUUGGGAAUUGCAACAAGGGAAGCCCUACAAAAUAUGUACCUUAAUAAAGUAGACGGGCAUAUAAUUCACGUAAGCAGUAUUACUGGCCACAACCUAGCACAAAACCCUAACGCAUUCAGCGGUGCAUCUAAAGCAGCGGUCACGUCUUUAGCCGAGAGUUUGAGGAUCGAAUUGAACCGACGAAACAGCAAAAUCAAGAUUUCGUGCAUCAGCCCGGGUUACAUCGACACUGAGAUUAUGGACAUCGUGAGGGAGACCAACCAAAACCCAGCAAUCCAGAAGUAUUUGGACAGCUUCAAAAUGAUCAAUCCACCUCUAUUGCCUGAAGAUAUGGCUGAUUCUAUACUCUAUAUGCUAGCAGCGCCACCAAACGUAAAUGUUUAUGAUAUAAUCAUCCGUCCAGUCGGCGAAGUGUUAUAGUUACUUAUAAAAAGAAACAGAUUAUAACCAUGUUCUCUAUCUGAAUAUACAUUUGUAAUGUUUCUUCUUCAGCAUUGGAGUAACUAAAUAUACGUAGGUACUUAGGUACUAUCAUGAA